GCGGCUCAUGCUGUGCGCUAAUCUGCAGAGGCGCCGCAGAAAAAUCGAUAUUUGUGGGCAACUCUUACCUUCCGCUCAUCAUCAAUAAGGAACCCUGGCUUUCCCCCCUUUCCCAUACACUAUUUCCCGGACAGCUCACAGAACACCGCACAGUGACAGUUUCUAUUGUUUGUUGCGAUAUAUAAAUUAGAAAAUUCUCUCCCCCUCUCUCUAUGUCUCUCUCUCCUGCCGCCCGCUAGCUGACCUUGGUAGUCACCCAUCCCACAACCACAACUAUUGCAGCUUUACACGAAAUGAACUCAGUGCAUCCCAAACCAAACUUGAAAAUACCUGCUACUGAUGUUAUUAAUCCGAUAUUGAGCACAUCCGGAGAUUACAGUGAUGUAUACAAGUGCAUACUGACGACCGGCUGCGAAAGCACUCUCGUCGCAGUGAAGUCCGUCCGAUUUGGAUGGCAUAAAGAGUACUACAAUCGAAACAUGAGAGAAAUAAACUUGCGCAUCAAACUCAAUCACCCAAAUAUCACCCGGUUGUUAGGUACCACUGAAGAAUUCAAAGAUGGCAGCUUCCCUUCGUUAGUGUUCCCUUGGAUGCCAAGCGGAGACCUCCAUUGCUAUAUCGCGUACCACGGAGCAGGAAUCGAGGCAUCACUCAAGUUGUCCCUGGCUCGUGACAUCGCCUCUGGAGUCACUUAUCUUCACAAGUCACAUGUGAUUCAUGGUAACUUAGAGAGUAAAAAUGUUCUCAUAGGCCCAGAAAAUCGAGCAUAUCUGACCGGUUUCUCCUUGUCAACCGACCUUAAUACCAGUAAGCUCUCAAGAAAGCCUGAGCCUGGUGGAGUGCGAUUUGCUGCUCCUGAAUGCCUCAUCCAUAAAGUAGGCGGGAACUCCUUGCCUAUCAUCAACAGCGAUAUAUACUCACUCGGCUGUAUCUUAUUCCACGUUUUCUCAGGAUGUUUGCCGUGGCAUGGUUCAAAAUCGGGCGACAUUAUUAACGAACUUCGACAGCGUCGUAUGCCGUCACGUCCAGGGGGUGACGGUAUUGAUGAUUCCCUGUGGAACUUCAUCACACGCUGUUGCUCUUUCAUACCGCGUGAUCGACCAUCCGCAACACAAAUCCUUGAAUUUCUCGAUCAGUACAAGCCUAGUAAAGUCAAUAUAUCUCCAGAUGACCUGACAAAUAUUCUCUACGACAUCCCUCUCUUUCCCACUGACGGAGGAAGUUUUGCAGACAUAAGAAAGUGCACGCUGAAGAGGGACGGGAACACCAUACAGGUAGCUCUCAAGUCAAUUCGACUCCGAGGCAAUAUUCCAGCUCGAAAAUUGUGGAAGGGGUACUUGCGUGAAAUCGACAUCUGGGCAAGACUUAUGCAGGAAAACAUCCUACCUCUACUCGGAGUCGCACGAGGUAUUUACAUGGUUUCUGGUUGUGACGCUUUGGUUUGCCCCUGGAUGGAGAAUGGCACACUAUCAGUGUACCUCAGCAGGUAUCCGACGAUGGAACUGCGACAGAAGUUAAAAUUGCUCUGCGACGUCGCCACUGGCCUUCGUUAUCUUCAUUCCCAACGCGUUGUGCAUGGAGAUUUGACAAAUAACAACAUCCUCGUGGAUGUUAACGGACGCGCGGUAGUCGCUGAUUUUGGCCUGUCUUGCCGAAUGGAAUUUACUGGGAGUUACUCCGCCACUGAGGCUGUAAUGUGGAUGGCACCCGAACUAAAUCAACUCCCGUUUAAACCAUCUAUACACAGCGAUAUGUAUUCCUUUGGUUCCAUUAUGAAUUAUGUCAUCUCUGGCAAACUUCCCUUUGCGCCUGAAUCAGCGAAUACCGCCUUUCAUCAAGGAAAACCACCCUGCACAGUCCGAGGCAAUGACGUAUCUCAAGAACAUUGGGAAUUUAUCCAACGGUGCUGGGGACCAUUUAAUUUGGAACACGGGACCUCUUCUCGCCCAUCCGCUGAAGAGGCUUGUAUAUUUCUGCGAAAGGAACUUGAGCUUGAAACUUCUGACUGAACGCAAAAUGGGUCUGAAUCUUUGGAACAAAUUUAUAUAUCAAAUUUC